UGCGCAUGGAUGGAUGAAUCAAGCUCAUGAUCUGUGAACAUUUUCCUCCCUCUCAGCAAAGAGACAACUCACUUCCAGAACCUUAGGAAAACUGGAAGCUCCAAGAAAAAAAGAGCAACUUGGUGAUGGAAAAAGAUGAAAGCCUCAUAGAGGUAGAUUACUCCGGGCUAAAUUCUUAGUCUUUUUUUGGAUAGAAGAAUUGUUCUUGCAAUAACUAGUCCAUGUUUUUGGGUGAUCCCACCCGUCCUGCUGGAAAACACUUGCAUUACUAAUUUGCUUCUGUGAACGAAUCAGCCGCUUUGUCGCAAAAAGGUAGGACAGACAACGCUGUGCCUAUAGAUAGCAAAAGUGUCCUCUAAAGAAAGCCUCAUAUGAUGGAGUGUUUUGUGUGGCUUGGGAUAUGCUGGCUCAUGUUCCUACAUCCCUGUUUGGUGCAAGCAAGGACCAAAAACACAAAAGCAGGUCUGGCUGAGAAUCCAGUACCAGGAACCUCUAAACCUCCAUUGCCUACAGAGACACCUGCAGAGGCCGACAGGUGUAGGGGCUACUAUGAUGUGAUGGGUCAAUGGGACCCACCAUUUAACUGCAAUGCCAGCAGUUAUUUGUACUGCUGUGGAACCUGCGGAUACCGUUUCUGCUGUCAGUUCAAGCAUGGAAGACUGGACCAAAGUAUGUGCUCCAACUAUGACACUCCAAACUGGGCUAAUCCGGGGAAACCACCUGCCCGAGGGGAAGACUCCAGUGAAGACCCCAGCAAAGACAAGACUAACAUGAUUGUGUACAUCAUUUGCGGUGUGGCGGCCCUAAUGGUGCUUAUAGGAAUCUUCACUAAGUUGGCUGUGGAAAAGACUCAACGGCCCCAAACUGACAUGAAUGUAUCUAGGACUCUGACAGACCUACUAAAACAGCCAGCCCAGCUCGACCUUGUAAAUGACAGGCACAGAGGCAGUAUACAGGUUCAAAUAACAGAGGUUUUACCAAGAUUAUCACCACGAAACAGCAUAGAUCACACAAAUUUCAACAACAUGGGCUUGACUUCGCCACUGAUUCCCCAAGUCGGUAUGUCACUAGGUCAUAACAGCCGAGGGCAGCUGGUUCCUGGGAUCUCUUUGCAAGAUCAAGAGAUCUCUAAAUAUGCCUCAUUAAAAAUGUCUGAAAACCCAACUGAUGACUAUUACAAGAGGUUUCCAGUCUUGGAUGUUGCUGACGGUUCUCCAUGCUAUCAGCCUGGUGGGCUGAUUACUCAGGAAAGUUCUUUACCUGAAAACUCCCCCCAGAUACAAACCAAGUCAAGUCACAAGAUUAAGGUCACUAAGACCAACACUCACCCUUUAGCAGGGGCAUCAUUUCAAGGAUGGGACCCAAAUCAUCAUGACAUGCGAAGACAAGUUUAUGCCAACAAAAGGCAAUUCAGUAUCGAAAAGCUUCCUGAAUUAUUUAGCCAUCAGAAUCACUAUUCCAAUAUCCCCCAACGGCACAGCAACAGCAAGACAGAGGUGACUGUCUGAACACUAUGUAUCUACAUCUCAUUACUACCAUGAGGAAUAUGUGAAUGCCAAUGAUAGCACUGUGAUAUCUCAAUGUUUCUCCAUUACUUUUUUGUGAGAACAGUGGAAAAAAAAGUAUAAAUACAAAGUGAGGCAACAAUAAAGAUGAUAUACAUAAUCCUAAAUGUCAAUGCUGGGCAUACUUAUUCUAGUACACAAAAAAAAAAACUGCUUAACGAGAAAAUUAGGAAUAAAAACAAGACUACAACAAUUAAGAACACAGACUUAUUCAUAUGAAAACUAAAAUCAGGUUGUACGAAAGAUCAUUCAUCCUUCCCACUGCUAACCGGUAUAAUAACAACACUAUUUUUUGCCAGAUAUGUAGGUAUAUUCCUAUGAUUUCCAAUCCUAUUGCCUGUGUAACUAAAUUGGUUGCUGUUAACAAUGUAAUUUUAAGCUUUUUUUUUAUCCAUUUGAUUAAACAUUUUAUGUUAAUCAGGGGUCUUACCAAAUACGAUUGUUACAUAGUAC